AUGGGCUGGUUCUCGCGGAAAAAGGUCAAGAAGUCCUCUUCUUCGUCCCAGGCCAAACCACAGAAACUACAGCAGGUCGCCCAGAAGCCAUCCUUUGCUGCCCCUCCGAACGUGUACACGACCCGCCCCGCGCCGCCGCAACAGCUCCCACAGCAAAGACAACCGCAACAACAACAUAUACCACAUCAACGGCCUCUACCACAUCCCAAUCUCCCCUACGCGCAUCAAUAUGGAGCCCAGUCGCAGCCCCAGUUCCGGCCUGCUGGCUAUCUCCCCGCACCUUCGGGAUGGACGCCUCCGGUGCCAGCUUAUCAACCGGUUAUCGUGAACCACCAGCAUUACUACCUGGGAGGACAACAGCAACCACAACUCCAACCCCAACACCACGCUCCUCCGCCGCCAAUGCAGCCCCCCCAACCGAACCAGAGCCUCCAACCGUCGCAGCAGCAUGUCUACCAGCAGCAGCACACCACGCUGGGCAGGUUCACCGGCUCCAUGGUCAACCUCACCAAGGACAUCGUCCCCGCCAUCCCCCAGCUCUACGACGACGGCCUCGCCGCCUGGCAUGGCUGCACCCAGAUCGCCAACUCCACCGCCGCCGUGUACGACCAGGUCUACAGCCGCUUCAACAACGUCAUGACGCUCAUAGACCACGAAAAGUGCGUGGGCACCGAGAACGAUCUCUUCCAUUGCACCUCGAGUCCCAUGCCCUCGCCGCAGUCCUCUCCGGACAGCAUUUCUCCACCGACCCAAGACCGGGGCAUCGAUUUUCUAUCCUCAAAGCCCAAGAAGUCUUUGAAGCCUAAAAAAUCCCAGGCAACUUGCGCUGCUGCCGUCGUGUCUGGCAACUACUUCUCUAAAGUCGAGUACUACGCCAAUUCCAAGCUUCCUCGGGACCUACCUCCGCUAGCUCUUUAUAUGCCAACCUGGCCAAUACUCUGCCUCGCCGCUCAGUACUCCCAACGCGUCUACGACAAGCCCACCGGCGCCGAACUUGACGCCCACGUCUCGGGCGAUUGGCUUACAGGCACAAAGGCAAUGUGCAUCAAAUCGGUCCCCAUGGACGACAUGAACACCAUCGUCUUCGCCAUCCGCGGCACCGCCUCCUUCAUGGACUGGGCUGUCAACCUCAACACUGCCCCCGUCAGCCCUCACAAGUUCCUCGACGACCCAGGCAACCUCUGCCACGCCGGCUUCCUGACCGUGGCUAAGAAGAUGGUCCGCCCGGUCGCCGCACGUCUCAGGCAACUUCUGCGAGAGGACCCGUCCAGGUCCAGGUACAGCCUGUUGAUCACGGGACACUCGGCCGGUGGUGCUGUGGCUGCGUUGCUGUACUCGCACAUGCUGGCGGACACCAAGGAGGCUGAGAGCGAGCUCAACAUUCUGACAAACUGUUUCAAGCGGAUCCAUUGCGUAACGUUUGGAACACCCCCCGUCAGCUUACUACCAUUGACAAAGCCCGAUCGGCCGAACCUGCGAAAGAGCCUGUUUCUGAGCUUUGUCAACGAGGGCGACCCUGUCGUCCGCGCCGACAAGGCUUACGUCAAGAGCCUCAUCGACCUCCUCACCACCCCGGUCCCCACCCUGUCCUUCCCCAAGCAGAAGGACCAGCGGGGCAGGAAGAGCUCGUCCGACAACCGACGAUCCCGGUCAAAGUCGACGUCCAAGGCCAACUCGCGCUCGGCAUCCCCGUCGCGACCCCGGUGGAAGGUGCCUCCUUGCACCCUCAGCAACGCCGGCCGCCUCGUGGUCCUCCGCUCCGGCGACCCCAAGGCGCGGCCCAAGGACCGCAAGACGGUGCGCGAGCGCCUCAACGAGGGCGUCGUGGCCGCGACGUGCCAGGAGGAGCAGCUGCGCAGCGUCAUCUGGGGCGAUCCCGUGUGCCAUCUGAUGAGCCUCUACGCUGGCCGGAUUGAGGUUCUUGCGGUGGGCUCGGUGACUGGAAAGGGGCGCUGA